UGAAUUGCUGUUCUCGACUCAUUGAUAACGAACCACCGAAUCGGAUUAUCUACUAUCGUCAAGCGGAACGACGAUACGUCUAUAUUCCCCGUAGCCCGAAUACGCGCUAUUGACCACAGGAGGAACCGGGGCUCAUUUUCCCUGCCAAGCAUUUCUUCCAGAAUGUCAUCAUUAACGAAUUCGGCUUGCCUAUUCAUCCUGCCUGUUGCCCUGUGUCUGAUGCUGAGCCAGUGUCCGGUGGGGGCGUCGGCCAGGAGGUGUCACUCCAUCUACAAGGGCUUCGCCCAGUGUCUGAUGAGCCUGGGGGACAGCCUGACGGACGGGGCGCGGCAGGACGAAGACGCCCACGGACUACACUCCAUCUGCAGGUCCUGGGACCAGUUCCACGACUGCGCCAACGGGGCCAUGGCGGGCUGUCCGGAGGAGGCGGCCGUGGUCUGGGAGUCUCUGCGCCGGGAGUCCAAGAAGAUGCAGUUCUCAGGGAACCUGUACGACAUGUGCUCCCCCCGCAGUGCCCAGCCCGCCCCCCGGGAGGACAUCAACCAGGAGUCCCUGAGAGCCCGCGCCCACCCCGCGGCCGGCCCCGCCCACUUCCUGCUUCUCCUCCCUCUGCUGUUGCUGUUGUCAUGGAUACAGUGAGAUACCCUCCCCCCACCAUCAGCACCAGGACUGCUCCACUUCUUCUCCUGAGCACAGAGACUAGCGCCAGUGUCCACCUUCUGCAUGUUCAUCCUCUCUAGUAGCACUGCUCCGCUGGUCCACACGUAUGCUUUGCCUUCAAGGUUAUUGACACACAC